AUGGGUUUUUUCAAGCGCGACGUCUUCAGUCUGCAUCUGAGCUAUCGGCUCAUCCCUUUCUGGGGCUGGCUUGCUAUUGAGCUGGUGAAAUCGAAUCUUGAGGUGGCGCGCAUCGUUCUGUCGCCGAAAAUGCCUAUCACCCCGACGGUUGUGCAACUGACGGCGCAAACCAAGAAUCCGGUCCUGCAGGCGAUUUUGGGUAAUUCAAUUACAUUGACCCCGGGCACAGUCACGCUGGAUGAUCACGAAGGCGAAUUGUUGGUUCACUGCCUUACUCGGCAAGGUGCGGAUGCCCUGCUGGAAGGGGAUAUGAACCGGACGAGCACUGAUAUGCAAUUAGGUCUCGAUAUUCUGAGUUGGGGUCUGCUUGCUGGUGGUGGCUUGUUUGUGCUCAUUGGGGGCAUAGGCAUCAUGCGUCUGCCAGAUCUCUAUACCCGCAUGCAUGCGGCCAGUCUGACGGACACUAUGGGUACAGUGAUGAUCCUGUUGGGCAUCAUGUUGCAGGCGGGUUUGUCCCUCGCGGCUGUAAAGCUUGCUGCCAUUGCCGUUUUCCUGUUGCUGACUGGACCCACUGCAACCUAUGCGUUGGCAAAUGCAGCGAUGCUCUCCGGACAUGCAGCCGUGACAGUUCUGUUCGGCAUAUUUCUGCUUACUUUGCUGGUCAUUUCGGCAAUCGGCAUAGUCCGUGCUGAAAACCUGUUCACCGCCGUCAUGCUGACGGGCAUUUUUUCGCUCCUGAUGGCGUCUAACUUCUUUGUGCUGGAUGCGGCCGAUGUCGCGUUAACCGAAGCAGCUGUAGGCGCGGGUGUGUCCACUGUAUUGUUGUUGGGUGCUUUGGCGCUGAUUCCCCCAAACGAAAAUCGUCCCAAGGGUGUGCGUUGGCUUGCACUUUCGGUUGUUACCCUCACUGCGCUUACCGUAGGGUAUGCUACUUUCGAGAAACCGCGCCUGGGAGAUCCAGAAGCGCCGGUGCACCAGCAUGUUGCGCCAUGGUAUCUGGAGCAGACACCUGUACUUAUUGACAUACCUAAUGUCGUCACCGCCGUGCUGGGUUCCUAUCGCGGCUAUGACACUUUAGGCGAAGUGAUUGUUGUGCUUACCGCAGGCAUAGGGGUUUUAUUCCUGCUUGGUCUGCCGGGGGCGUUUGGCGAUCGUAAGCCAGAAGAUGUUGCUGGUGGCCGUACUUAUCUCAGUCACCACCUUGUGCCACAGGUUGUCGGGCAACUGCUUAUACCUUUCAUUAUCCUGUUUGCGCUGUAUGUUCAAUUCCAUGGGGAAUACGGGCCUGGCGGCGGAUUUCAGGCAGGCGCAAUUUUUGCGGCUGCACUUAUUCUGUUUGCGCUAAUUCAGGGUGAGCGGGAAGCGCUUGUUCUAAUACCUCCUCGCGUUCUUGUUGUGUUGAUGGCGACGGGUGCGUUGCUUUAUGGCAGCGUUGGUUUGGUGACUAUGUUGUUAGGUGCCAAUUUUCUCGAGUACGGAGUUCUAUCGAGCAACCCGGUUGCAGGUCAGCAGUGGGGCAUUAUCCUCAUUGAGCUAGGUGUUGGCAUUUCGGUACUGAUUCUCACCGCAAUUGUUGUGGGUAUCUCUACCAUCGCAUUGGGCCUGGCUGUUGUUGUUCGCAUCUACGAGGCUUACGGCACCAUCGAAGACGAUGAAAUUCAACAGGCGGACACUCAGGAGUGCGUGCUGACUUAUGCAAUGGGUGGUUGGCCCGCGCCGUUUGGCAUUGAGCUGAGAAUUGAUGCUUUGAAUGCGCUUCUUUUGCUUGUGACAACGGGUGCAUCUAGUGUGGCCCUGCUCAGCGGUCGUGUGAGUUUAGCUCGUGACCUUCCUGAAGGUCAGCAGCCCCUGUUUUAUGCCGCCUGGAUGAUUGCGUUGACUGGUUUGUCAGGUAUCGCGGUUACCGGCGACGCAUUUAACGUCUUCGUUUUUAUGGAGAUUUCCUCCCUGGCAGGUUACAUCCUGGUAGCAGCCGGUCCUGAUAGACGGGCACUGACUGCAACCAUCAAGUAUCUGGUGAUGGGUACUAUUGGUGCCACCUUCUAUCUGAUUGGCGUUGGUCUUGUUUAUAUGAUGACCGGUACGCUCAACUUUGCCGAUAUGGAGGGGCGUCUGGUUGAAGUGGGUGAUCAGACCCCGAUACUGGUUGCUGCCGGUUUCAUCACCGUGGGGCUGGCGUUGAAGGCCGCAGUGUUCCCGCUACAUGUCUGGUUACCUAAUGCUUAUCAUCACGCACCACAUAUGGUCACCGCCUUUAUGGCGGCUUGUACCACGAAAGUGGCGUUAUAUGUAUUGUUGCGCUUCGAUUUUGUCGUUUUUCAAGGCAACCUGACCGGGCAUAUGACCCAAUAUGCGGGUUUUCUUGCACCGUUGGCCAUUCUUGGAAUUCUGGUCGGCUCAGCCGUAGCGGUGGUCGAAGGACACUUAAAGAGAUUGUUGGCCUAUUCCUCCGUCGCGCAGAUAGGCUACAUUCUGCUGGGUGCUAGUUUUGGCGACGUCCAAGGUCUGACCGCAGCAUUUACUCACAUGUUUAACCACGCGCUGGCCAAAGGCGGCUUGUUUCUGGUGCUGGCUGCUUUUGCACUUCAAACCAGUGGGCUGCGAAUGACGGAUAUUGCUGGGCUUGCCCGUCGCAUGCCACUGACUUCAGCGGCCUUGUUGAUUCUAGGCGCUAGUCUCGUUGGCAUUCCAGGCACUGCUGGUUUUGUCUCGAAAUGGCUAUUGCUGUCCGCAGCGUUCCAACAGGGUCCGCUGGGUAUUGCCGCGGUUGCGGUUGUUGUGCUGAGUUCACUGGCCGGUGUGGUCUACGUGUGGAAAAUUGUUGAGCAGCUUUAUUUUGGUGAGCCCCCGGAGACUUCUGCUGCGACAGCGUCCAAUGCCGGAGCAAUCCCGUUCAAGUCCGAAGCGCCUGCAAUGCUGCUGUUGGGAAUCUGGGUGGUUGCUCUGGCGAAUAUUUAUUUUGGUCUGUUUCCCGGAUUCACGGUCAGCUUGUCUGAAAGUGCCGCAAUGGGCGCCAUUCUGAUCAGUAUGACCGGGCGCUGGCCGAACCUUCGUGAAACCAUCACGCUAGUGACCGCCGUUUCCGUUGCCCUGGUGGUAGCCUCGCUGGUGCCUGAGGUGAUGGACGGUGGUCGUCCUGCCCUGAUGGUCGCCGAGUUGUUUGAUGGUUUACAGAUAGCCUUCACCGUAGAGCCGCUCGGCAUGUUGUUUGGCGCCCUUGCCGCAACCCUCUGGAUUGUUAAUUCGAUCUAUUCCAUUGGUUAUAUGCGCGGCAACAACGAGAAAAAGCAGACCCGUUUUUAUGUCUGUUUUGCCAUCGCGAUUGCCGCUGCCCUGGGUGUUGCGUUUGCCGGCAAUCUGCUGACCCUGUUUCUGUGUUAUGAAAUUCUGACGCUGUCGACUUAUCCACUUGUCUCGCACAAGGGUGAUAAGGCGACGGUUGCCUCAGCCAGGGUUUAUCUCGGCAUUCUGCUGGGCACCUCUAUCGGUUUAUUGCUGCCUGCAAUCAUCUGGACCUAUCUGGUUGCAGGCACCUUGACCUUCGCUCCGGAAGGUAUCCUUGCGGGCCACAUCAGUGGUCCUGCUGUGGGUCUGCUGCUGGCGCUGUUUGUUUUUGGCGUGGGUAAAGCCGCCGUCAUGCCCGUGCAUAAGUGGUUACCCGCAGCAAUGGUUGCGCCAACCCCGGUGAGUGCUUUGUUGCACGCAGUGGCGGUUGUGAAGGCGGGUGUAUUCACCAUCACCAAGGUGAUCAUUUAUGUCUUUGGGGUUGAUAAUCUGUUUUCAGAGCCUUCAAGUGGCUGGCUGAUGUACGCUGCGGCGUUCACCAUUCUUGCCGCCAGUGUGGUGGCGCUGCGUCAGACAAAUCUGAAACGUAUGCUGGCUUACUCCACGAUCGGUCAGUUGUCUUAUGUGAUUAUGGCGGCGGCGCUGUUGAAGCCGCUGUCAGAGAUUGGUGCAGCGGUGCAUAUUGUCGCGCACGCGUUUGGCAAGAUCACACUGUUCUUUGCCGCCGGCGCUAUCUACACCGCAGCGAAGAAGACAGAGCUCAGCCAGCUCAGCGGGAUCGGUGCACGCAUGCCCUGGACCAUGGCAGCCUUUACCAUUGGCGCUUUGUCGAUGAUUGGCGUGCCGCCCACAGGUGGGUUUGUUUCUAAAUGGUUCAUCCUUGCUGGUGCGUUCGAAAGUGAUAACUACGUGGCCAUAUUUACCAUCAUCGCCAGUACGGCAUUAAACGCUGCGUACUUUUUGCCCAUUAUUUUUGCCGCCUGGUUCGGGCGUGAGGCAGAAGGUGGUAAAGACCACGGCGAAGCGCCCUGGCCCAUGGUACUGGCGUUGUCUUUGACCGCUCUGGCGACGUUGGGCUUUUUCUUCUUUAAUCAGCCGGUUCUGGAUCUUGAAAGCCAGCUAGUGAGCCAAAUGUAA